AUGGAGGACUCAUUGGACCCUCCAGAGGGCACCACGUCCAUCAAGGACCUGACCCCGGAAGAGGCCAGCCGCAUUAUCCAUUCACAUCGCAAGGUGCGGUACGGGACGGCAUGCUGGCCUUGCAGGCAGCGCAAAGUAAAAUGCGACAAUCAGCAACCCUGUGAGAACUGUGUCAAGCGUGAGCAUCCUCAGCUGUGUUCGUAUAAACCCAACCAGCGCGCAUCUGGCAAGAAUGCUAGUCAGUCUGGGCGGGCGGUUGGCCGAAAACGAACACACUCGCCAGACUCGAGUGCGGAUAGUGGUCGCAAAGAAAAUCGCAGCUGGCCUAGAAACUUCACCACGAGUGUUGAUGAGGGUGAUGUACCGGAACCUGUGAGAUAUCUCGGCCAAAACAGCAUUCCUGUCCUGCUGAGGGAACAACCAGGAACCACAAAUGGUGGUGAUGUCAGCGAUAUUCGGCAAGACAUGAGACCUAUUCUCGGCCUCGACACGUCGGCGCCAUUUCCUUUGAUGUCCACAAAACAUCUCGACCGCCUAACUCAGGAGAUUACAUCCGAGCUACCCUCCGAUAGAGAGGUGAUGAAGCUCUUCCGAACUUAUAAGGAAGUGACGCAACCCUUCUGGGGCUUCGUGAUAGAUCUAGAUGAGUUCGAGGUCAAGCUCGUUACGUACCUGGAAGAGAGAGCGCGGUCAAUGCGAGGUGCCGCCAUUUCACCCAAACCCGUUUCGGCAACAUGGCUCGCUAUUCUGUUUGCGAUACUCGCAGUCGGUUCCCAGUAUCAUGAUUCGCCGUAUCACGUUCGAACCAAGGAUUCUCAAAAGUACAUCCAAGUCGCGUUUCACUUCCUGCGAUUAGGCAACUUCUUGCUAAGACCCACAUAUGACUCUAUUCAGGUCCUCCUCCUGACAAGUUUUGUACUUCUUAAUGACAUGAAGGCUGAGGCGUCUUGGGCCAUACUUGGCUUAACGUGCCGUCUCGCCCAGUCGCUAGGCCUUCAUCGUCCUUCACCCCAUGACGUCAAGGACGUCGUAACUCCCGACUCCAAAGUCAAGGAGACCAUACGAAGGAAACUCUGGUGGACAUGUACCUGGCAUGACACUCUCAUCUCACUCUCUUUUGAUCGCUACCCAGUGACAAAUAUCCCGUCCUGUCUCCUUCCAGAUACGGCGGACCAGUACACCUACUUGGAGGCCAUGUACCAUCUCACCUACAUAAUAUGUCGACGACUUUCUCCAGAUCUCAUCGCGGGCGCCACUUACGAGCAGAUUAUCGACAUACGCGACUCCGUCAGAGAGCUGGGCACCAAGCUUGUACCUCAGAUCCAAUUCAAAGAUCGGUGCAGAACAGUCAAGGACCGGCUCCAGCACUUUGCCAUCCAGCUCCAUCUAGCCUUUACCAUAUCUGUUGCAUGUCGCCCCGCGUUGCGGCGUGACUGCCCCUUUGAGCCACAACAGAAAGAGUACAUUGCCAAUGAAUGCAAGGCGAACCUCAUAACAACGGUCAAGAUGUUCCUCUCGAUGCAUCAACUCUCCGUUAUCCCUACGCGAAGCUGGGCCUUCACCUACAACGGCCUCUCGUCCGCGCUUCUCCUGGGCAUCUUGGUAGAUACCAAGGCAGACCCCGAAAUCCGCCAACUUCAAGGUGAUUUGAUCGCCGCGCUCUCCGCGACGGCCGCCAAAGAACAGCCGUCGCCCUCGGGCGGGGUGAAGAAGACCGACAAGGAUAUCGAGUUAUCGGGUCCCUUAUGGAGAGCCCUCAUGGCCCUGAAGAAUAUCUACAAGCACGGCUCCAUCACAGGCAACUCGGUGAAGCGCGAGGGCGCCGAGAGCACGCCCAGCGCAAUGUCUGAGCCUGCGGUUCCCGCGUUACCCUUUACCGCACCCCUCUAA